GCUGCCUUAGCCAUGAAGCUCCUUUUGCUGACUUUGACUGUGCUGCUGCUCUUAUCCCAGCUGACUCCAGGUGGCACCCAAAGAUGCUGGAAUCUUUAUGGCAAAUGCCGUCACAGAUGCUCCAAGAAGGAAAGAGUCUAUGUUUACUGCCUAAAUAAUAAAAUGUGCUGCGUGAAGCCCAAGUACCAGCCAAAAGAAAAGUGGUGGCCAUUUUAA